AGUUAAGUUUAUCCCCUGCAUCACCAAGAAAUUAGUUUAACAGUUCUACCCAACUUCAAUUCAAUCCCGGCUGCUGCUGCUGUUCUCUGCAAAGAAAAGAGCAAAGAUGGCUGCUGAAUCAAUUUUGGUCUCUGGAGCUCAAGGAAUCUUGGCAAGUUUGAUCUCUGUUGCCACUCAAGAAAUCGGUCGAGUAUCGGGUUUCAAGGGAGAGUUGAAGAAGAAGCUCGAGACUACCUUGACCACCAUCCAAGGUGUGCUGCAAGACGCUGAGAACCAGCAAGUGAAGAGAGUGGCAGUGAAAGAUUGGCUGAGUAGGCUCAAAAGUGUUGCUUAUGAUGCUGAUGAUGUGCUUGAUGAGUUCAACUAUGAAGCUUUAAGACGUAAAUUGGAGAUCAAGAACCGAUUGAUGGGAAAGGGGUCGAUCAUUAAUCAAGGUCCUAUGGAAGUCCCAAAAAUCCCUAUUUACAGAAGCAAUCAAAUAACUGCUAAGAUGUUGUUCAAGUUCAUCACUGGCUUUGCAGAGUAUGUGGGGAACUACUAUUGCAAAUGUUGCAGAGGCAUUGGCAACAUUAUUGUGGAAAUCAAUUAUCUCUUAUAG